UUUGGUCUGGGCGUUUGGUAAAAACCUGUAAGAAAAUGAUUAGUUUUCAGACCUUGUGGGUUUCCAUCUGUGUGUGCUUGUGGCUGGUUUUUGAGGUAUGAUUCGUAUGAACAAACAAAAUAAAAGGAGUGAGAAAGAGAGUGACAGAAAGUUGUGGGAAAGAAAGAAAGGCAAAAACAGAGGAGAAAGGGGAAAGCACAUAUUCUUUUGGGUUUAGUCCCAUACCAGUUGAAGUGCUUUACUUUGCCCGCUGGCCACUAGCAAAGAUUCUCUCUUUCAAUCUUUGAAGUCACCUUAGGUGUGUGCAUAUCGUAUAUUUUCGGGUCGAAGGGAUGAGCUACAAUACCUCCAAUACUGGUUCUGGUAGUAGAACUCCUAGAAGGACGUUUGAGUUUGGAAGGACCCAUGUGGUCAGGCCCAAAGGGAACCACCAAGCGACUAUAGUUUGGCUACAUGGCCUUGGAGAUAAGGGCUCAAGCUGGUCCCAGCUUUUGGAAACCCUUCCUCUUCCAAAUAUUAAGUGGAUUUGUCCUACUGCCCCUUCUCGUCCUGUAGCAUUAUUUGGUGGAUUUCCUUGCACUGCCUGGUUCGACAUGGGGGACAUUUCAGAAGAUGCUCCUGAUGAUAUGGAGGGGUUAGAUGCCUCAGCAGCGCAUGUUGCAAAUCUUUUGUCAACAGAGCCUGCUGAUAUAAAACUCGGUGUUGGGGGCUUCAGUAUGGGUGCUGCAACUGCCCUCUACUCUGCCACGUGCUGUGUUUUAGGGCAAUAUGGGAAUGGAAAUCCAUACCCAGUUAACCUAAGUGCAAUCGUUGGUCUAAGUGGAUGGCUUCCAUGUUCAAGAACUUUGAGGAACCGGAUGGAAGCGUCGAAUGAGGCUGCAAGGCGUGCAGCAUCCUUGCCCACUUUGCUAUGUCAUGGCUUAGGCGAUGAUGUGGUUGCAUAUGGACAUGGAGAGAAAUCUGCACAGGUCUUAAGUUCAGCAGGAUUUCGAAAUCUAAUGUUUAGAACAUACAACGGGCUGGGGCACUAUACAAUCCCUGAAGAGACUGAUGAAGUUUGUACUUGGCUAACUGCAAGUUUGGGGCUUGAGGGAUCCCGAUCAUACUAGCGGAAAAGAUCGGUGAAUGGCGAGGUGACACGGGGAAUACAAAUGAGGAGAUUAUUAUAAAAGACGAUUAGAAAGGCAUACUAGAAUAGGUUGUGGUAUGGGGUAUAUUAUACAUACGGUAGUGGCAUUUCUUAUAGCUUCUAUUGCCAUAUAAUCUCCCUUCUCCUUUCUGUUGCUUUCUUUUUCUUCAAAUAACGUCCUAGCUGAGGCUUACUCUUGUACUUGGGCGCUGGUUGCUGUGAGAUUUGUAUGGGCGCUCUUGGUUCGGGUGGGGUAUGGGAGCUAGAUAGUCUCUUUCUCCGCAUCCACGAAAUUUUGUUGUUUUGAUAAUAAAGUGAUUGAAUAUAUUUCUCCGUGCAUCACCCUAGCAUUUGAA